ACUACCCCCCUCGUAUUUGCAUUCUCUCUCUCUCUCUCUCUCUCGUCCUAACAACAGUCUGCCCCUCCAUCUCUCCAUACCUAUAUAUACACAUCUAUAUCUAUUUGUCUAUUUUGUCUUUCUAGAUUUGGUGAUUUCCAGAGGGACAAUUUGUUUUUGUAGUGAUUAUUUCAACACUUCAGAGGUCUGAAGAUUUUGCUGAUUUGCCUCUGCCUCUGCCGUUGGCAUGUCAUGUCCAUUUUCUGCUAGAAAGAAAAUAGAAAGAGUGAGACUUGAAUCUAUUAGGAUAUAUUAUUUAAUUUGUAUGCAUUUAUAUAAGAGAUGGGUUCUAAAGGAAGGUUGUUAUUUGAUCUUAAUGAACCCCCUGCUGUGGAUGAGGAGGAGAGUGAUGGUGUCUUAUGCUUACAGCCUCAAAGGGCGGUUCCUUCUUCAAGUACACAUGCUUCUGACUUGUUUGCAGCAUCCUUGGUCCCUGAAAGAAUAGUGAAUAACCAUGCUUUCUCCCAUGCAUCUUCUGUUUCGGGUUUUCAGCCUUUUGUUCGGCCAAAAGAUACUCAAGGAUCUGAAGUUUCUAUUGAACCGAAGUGGGGAUGGGAUAUGAGCUCCAGGGUAGCCUCAUCAUCUAAGUCGGGUAGCAGCAAGAAUCCAAAAGUAGCCCCACAACUAGAUUUGGGUUCUGCAGAUUUUCAGGCUGUUGAAAAAGAAGAAGGGGAAUGGUCUGAUGCAGAGGGAUCCACUGAUGACUUCAAAGGCAGUACUAUGCAGGAAUAUGUAAUUACUGGUAAUGACAAAGGCUCACAGGAAAAUGGAAUGGCUGAGCUGAUGGCUCAAAAUGAUGCUGGUGGAGCUUUGGAACAUGUUCCUCAGCAUGCUGAGAGUGUUGAGGAUGAAAAUAGUAAUCAUCCUUCGCUAGGAUUAGAUUCAGAUACAAAUGAUAGAAAAAGCAAUACUAGCCGAAAUUCAGAAGGUAGUUGCAAAGGUGAUUUCUCUAUAGAUGGUCAUGAAGAUUCUGCUUUGGUUUUAAAACGAAAAGAAGUUAAAGGAGUGGAAGCUAGUCAUGCACCAAAGUACGCCAACAAUACUGGAAAGCGGCCUAAGCUUGACCAGCACAAGGAAGCCAUGCUAGGAAAGAAGCGCAGUAGGCAGACCAUGUUUCUUAAUUUGGAAGAUAUCAAGCAAGCUGGCCCCAUCAAAACCUCAACUCCUAGAAGGCAGAACUUUCCAGCACCCAUUACAACCCGUACUGUGAAAGAAGCACGUCCUGUUCUUCCACCUUCUGAACGAACUGGAGAAAAGCAGAUGCAGCCGACGAUCAAGGAUGCUAAACUUGUUGAUUUAUCAUGCAAUGAAGGAAACAAUUAUCUGGAAACUGAUGACUCUAAAUCUGAAUGUAAUGGUGAUAUGAACUCGGCACUUCUAGCUCGGCCUAGGAGGCUAAAUAGUUCAACAGAUCUUGCUGCAGAGGCUCAACCACUUUCCAGACAAAGUUCAUGGCAGCAGCCCACAGAUUCGAGGCACCUCAAGAAUUUGCAGGUCUCCAGUAGGAAACCGGCUCUAAUGGGUCAAAUUUCCAUGGAUCUAAAAUUGGGAGUCAAAAAACUUUCUUCCAAGAAGCAACCUGUAGUCAGCACCCAGUAUCAAGAUACAUCGGUGGAACGGCUUCUGCGUGAGGUGACAAAUGAAAAAUUUUGGCAUCAUCCAGAGGAGGCUGAGCUUCAAUGUGUUCCUGGUCGUUUUGGAUCCGUAGAAGAGUAUGUCGGAGUAUUUGAGCCUUUGCUUUUUGAGGAGUGUCGGGCACAGCUCUACAGUACUUGGGAGGAGUCGACUGAAACAACUUCUAGAGACUCGCAUGUAAUUGUCCGUGUUAAAAGCAUUGAAAGACGAGAAAGAGGAUGGUAUGAUGUGAUACUUCUUCCAGCAAAUGAGUGCAAAUUCAAGGAGGGUGAUGUUGCAGUUCUUUCGUCCCCCAGGCCUGGAACAGUCAAAUCCAGGAGGAGCAAUGCCUCAGCAAUUGAAGAUGAUGAGGAGCCUGAGGUCAGUGGACGUGUGGCUGGUACUGUGAGGCGUCACAUACCUAUUGAUACACGUGAUCCUCCAGGUGCAAUCCUUCAUUUUUAUGUUGGGGACUCGUAUGAUCCUAACAGCAAGGUUGAUGAUGAUCAUAUUUUAAAGAAACUGCACCACCGAGGAACCUGGUUUUUAACUGUGCUGGGCUCUCUAGCAACCACUCAGAGGGAAUAUAUUGGCUUGCAUGCAUUCCGCCGCCUCAAUUCACAGAUGCAAACUGCAAUCCUUCAGCCUAGUCCAGAACACUUCCCCAAAUACGAAGAGCAACCACCUGCUAUGCCUGAAUGCUUUACGCCGGGCUUUGUUGACCACCUACGUAGGACCUUCAAUGGACCACAACUAGCAGCAAUUCAGUGGGCUGCAAUGCAUACAGCUUCUGGUACAACUAAUGGAAUGACAAAGAGGCAAGACCCAUGGCCUUUUACCCUAGUUCAAGGACCUCCUGGGACAGGUAAGACACACACUGUCUGGGGAAUGCUGAAUGUCAUCCAUCUUGUUCAGUAUCAGCACUACUACACUGCAUUGCUCAAGAAACUAGCACCAGAAAGCUAUAAGCAGAAUACCGAGAGCAAUUCUGAUAACGUUGCCACUGGAUCCAUAGAUGAAGUGCUCCAGAACAUGGAUCAGAAUCUCUUUCGCACUCUCCCAAAGCUUUGCCCAAAACCAAGGAUGCUUGUUUGUGCUCCUUCAAAUGCUGCAACGGAUGAGCUGCUUGCACGUGUUCUUGAUCGUGGGUUCAUUGAUGGUGAGAUGAAAGUUUAUCGGCCUGAUGUUGCCCGAGUUGGGGUUGAUUCCCAAACACGUGCUGCCCAGGCUGUUUCUGUUGAGCGUAGGACUGAGCAGCUUUUGUCGAAGAGUCGUGAUGAAAUAUAUGGAUGGAUGCACCAGUUAAGAAGCCGUGAAGCUCAGUUGUCUCAGCAGAUAGGUUGCUUGCAAAGAGAGCUCAAUGUUGCAGCUGCUUCUGGUCGUGCCCAAGGAUCUGUUGGUGUUGACCCCGAUGUCCUUAUGGCCCGGGACCAGAAUCGAGAUACUUUGCUGCAAAAUCUUGCAGCAGUUGUUGAGAACAGGGAUAAAAUUCUAGUGGAGAUGUCUCGACUUCUCAUUUUGGAAAGCAGGUUUCGUGCUGGUAGCAACUUCAAUUUGGAAGAAGCUCGUGCUAGUUUGGAAGCAAGUUUUGCCAAUGAAGCUGAGAUUGUUUUCACUACUGUCUCAAGCAGCGGCCGUAAGUUGUUCUCCCGCCUUUCUCAUGGUUUUGACAUGGUUGUGAUUGAUGAAGCAGCUCAAGCCAGCGAAGUAGCGAUACUUCCUCCCCUUUCUCUUGGUGCAGCACGCUGUGUUCUUGUUGGGGAUCCCCAGCAGCUUCCUGCAACAGUCAUCAGCAAGGCAGCUGGAACCUUAUUGUACAGUAGAAGCCUGUUUGAGAGGUUCCAGCAAGCAGGCUGCCCGACAAUGUUGUUGUCUGUGCAGUAUAGAAUGCAUCCUCAGAUUAGGGAUUUUCCUUCAAGGUAUUUUUACCAAGGACGCCUUACUGAUAGUGAAAGGGUUGCUAAUUUAUCUGAAGAGAUAUACUACAAGGAUCCUUUACUAAGACCUUACAUAUUUUAUGAUAUUACACAUGGUCGGGAGUCCCACCGAGGUGGGUCUGUAUCUUAUCAAAAUAUUUAUGAAGCACAGUUUUGUCUUCGUUUGCAUGAGCAUCUUCAGAAAACUUCAAAAUCUUUGGGCGUGGGAAAGGUAACUGUGGGAAUAAUCACUCCGUACAAGCUCCAACUGAAGUGCCUUCAACGUGAGUUUGAGGAUGUUUUAAAAUCAGAAGAAGGGAAGGAUAUUUACAUUAACACAGUGGAUGCUUUCCAGGGCCAAGAACGCGAUGUGAUUAUUAUGUCUUGUGUCCGUGCCUCAAGUCAUGGAGUGGGCUUUGUUGCAGAUAUCCGUCGAAUGAAUGUUGCUCUCACUCGUGCAAGAAGAGCUCUUUGGGUCAUGGGAAAUGCCAAUGCUUUGAUGCAAUCCGAUGAUUGGGCUGCAUUGAUUGCUGAUUCUAAAGCAAGGAAAUGUUAUAUGGACAUGGAUUCUCUCCCUAAAGAUUUCCUGGUACCAAAAACACCCGCUUAUGGUCCUUUGCCUGCCAAGGUCUCUAACAUGAGGGGAUUGAGAUCUGGUCUAAGACCCAGAUCGUAUGAUGUGCACAUCGAGUCCAGGUCCGUAACAUCAGCAGAAGAUGAUGAUGAGAAGUCCAAGACUUUAAUUUCUAGGAAUGGGAAUUAUCGGCCCUUAAAGCUGCCAAUGGAUAACUCUUUGGAUGAUUUUGAUCAGUCUGGUGAUAAGUCCCGAGAUGCCUGGCAACAUGGCAUUCAGAAGAAGCAAAAUUCGGCUGGGGUUGUGGGGAAGCGAGAGUUGUAGCAGUUUGUUUGGUGUUCACACAUACUCCUUAUGCCUUGUGGGAGCUUCAGAAGAUUAUGAAUUCCGAAUUUUUAUGGUGCUUGCUCCCGGCUUCAAAAGCUGUGGAGUAGUAGCCGCUUCAUGCUGAUAUCUUAGCAGAACACAGUGAUGCUCGAACAAGUUCCUGCUAAGAAUUAGUAUUUUACUCGAAGCAGUUGAAACAAUCGGAGAAAAUGAGGACCGAAGAGAUAUGUCUGUGGAAGAUUGACCUUGGUUAACAGAUCUGUUUGAUUCCUCACAAAAUGCACCCUCCUGUCGUGUAGUUUGUGCCCAUUCAAACUCUUAAGCAUUGGCUGUUAAGAUUCAAAGGAACUAGUGACGUGGCAUGAAAAGCAUUUCGACUGUUUGAAUCUCUCAGCCGGAUCUUUUGCCUGGAAAGAUACUUGCCCAGGUUCAUAUCUUUCUUGGACUGCAUGGUUUGCUUGACUAGAAGUCAGGGGAAAGCUUCUCUCAAUUGUGGCCUCGUCUUUUUGGCUCAGUUUUGACAACCUACAUACAGCUACUGACCCCUGGAUCAUGGAUUGCUGAUUAAGAGCUGUCGGUUGUAGAGUUAACUGAGAUGGCUGUGAUACACCUUUUGGGACAUGCAUACAUUCCUUUUUAUCGUUUCUGGAGGGAUAUCCAAUUUUAGGGGCUAUUGUAUGUUCAUCCAUUAGAUUUAGAGUGCCAUACCUGCAUCAAAGUGGGUGUACUCAAGUUAACAUUCUUUAUAGAAUAGGUGGUGGGUACAUCAUUUGUAUAACAAAAAUCUUACAGCAGAGGCACUUUUAGGAUACUCAAUGUUUUGUACAUAUUUUGAGCUGGUUUUAUAUGAUUCUUUCUUGAAGCAUUCUAGUUUUUUUUUAUUUUUCUUAUGGCUCGGAAAUAUUCUUUUGUUCUAUAUGGAAAAAUGCAUCAUGU